AACUUCCAGGCGUCCCCACACCCCCCUCUGAGGCGAAGCAGAAAUCAGAUGCUCCGUGAUUAAUCGUAGAGAGUUCAGGACACAACCACAAGCGCUGUGCGGACUUGAAAUUAGCUGCCUUUUCCCGUCCCAUUGCCAAGAUGGGAGUGGGGGGUGGGACGUGAAGCGGUGGGGGCCCCGCCUGCUGGGGGCCAGCAUGGAACUCUCCCUGGCAGAGCUCAGUGACACUGACGGGCAAUCGGCCGCGGCCAGAGCAGCAGGCAGCAUCCGGGGAGAGCGGGCCGGCCGGCGGGGGGCCCCAAGCAGGCUUCCUAGAACCCCGGCUCCACGGCUGCCUGCGCCCUGACACAGGCCAGAUAACAGCCGGGUUGCGCUAUCAGAGCCCGGCAGUGCGCUGUCCCCGCCCGUCCCUCCGCUCCGCAACGAAGACUGGGGGACAGUGGGCUCCUUGGAAGCAACCUCCGGAGAGAGUGGCUAGUCGGGAAGGGCUUCCCGGAGUCUGAGCUCAACUCUUGCAGUGGAUGGGAGUCGACGCUCACCUCGGCGCCAGAGGAAGCCAGGCUGCCGGCAGGAGGACGUGUGACCCAGCCUGAAUGCCCAUACCUGCUAGAUGGUAAUCUCUACACCCAAUAUGGGGCUCGAAUUUAUGACCCCGGGAUCAAGAGCUGCACGCUCCACUGACUGAGCCAGCCAGACGCCGCUGAGCACUGGUCCUUUAGAGCCUUAGGAGAAAGUCCAGGUGAUGAGGGCGACGAGGAGGAACACGAGAUUUCGUCCGAUCUGGCCAAUUUAAUCCGAUCCAGUGCUGUAGGUCUUCAGGUGACUGGCCAUGUCGGUGAGGCUGCGGUUCCUGUCCUCCGGGGACGCGGGGGCCGUGGGGGUCGUGGGCCGGAGCGCCUCCUUCGCGGGCUUCAGCAGCGCACAGAGCCGGAGGAUCGCAAAGUCCAUCCACGGGAACUCCGCGAGGUCUCGAAUGCCUGCCAAACCCUCCAGGACGUACGGCACGCUGCGGAAGGGCUCCGUCUGCCCGGCCCCCAAGCCACAGCAAGUGAAGAAGAUCUUCGAAGCUCUCAAGAGAGGCCUCAAGGAGUAUCUGUGCAUCCAGCAGGCCGAGCUGGAUUACCUGUCAGGUCGCCACAAGGACACCCGCAGGAAUUCGAGGCUGGCUUUCUAUUACGACCUGGACAAGCAAACGCGCUCCGUGGAAAGGCACAUCCGGAAGAUGGAGUUUCAUAUCAGCAAGGUGGACGAGCUCUACGAGGGCUACUGCAUCCAGUGCCGCCUGCGGGACGGGGCCUCCAACAUGCAGAGGGCCUUCUCCGCCGGCCCGCCCAGCCGCGCCUCCCGGGAGAGCCUGCAGGAGCUGGGCCGCAGCCUGCAGGAAUGCACCGAGGACAUGUGGCUCAUCGAGGGGGCCCUGGAGGUUCACCUGGGGGAGUUCCACGUCAGGAUGAAAGGCUUGGUGGGCUACGCGCGCCUCUGUCCCGGAGACCAGUACGAGGUGCUCAUGCGCCUGGGCCGCCAGCGCUGGAAGCUCAAGGGCCGGAUCGAGUCGGACGACAGCCAGACCUGGGAGGAGGAGGAGAAGGCCUUCAUCCCCACGCUGCACGAGAACUUCGAGAUCAAGGUGACGGAGCUGAGGGGCCUGAGUUCACUGGCAGUGGGCACAGUAACCUGCGACAUCACUGACUUCUUCACGACCAGGCCGCAGGUGGUCGUGGUGGACAUCACAGAGCUGGGUACCAUCAAGCUGCAGCUGGAGGUGCUGUGGAACCCGUUUGAUACUGAGAGCUUCCUGAUGUCACCCAGCCCCACGGGCAAGUUCUCCAUGGGCAGCAGGAAGGGCUCCUUGUACAACUGGACACCCCCAAGUACCCCCAGCUUCCGAGAGAGGUAUUACCUGUCUGUCCUGCAGCAGCCAGCACCGCAGGCUUUGCUGCUGGGUGGGCCGAGGGCCACCUCCAUCCUCAGCUACCUGUCUGACAGGGACCUUCGGGGCCCUGGCCUGCGGAGCCAGAGUCAGGAGCUGCCUGAGAUGGACUCCUUCAGCUCCGAGGACCCCCGAGACGCCGAGACCAGCACAUCAGCAUCCACCUCGGACGUGGGCUUCCUGCCCUUGGCCAUCGGCCCCAACACCUCCAUUGAAGAGGAGGCCCAGGAGGACCCCCGACCCCUGGGCCUCCUGCCGGAGAUGGCCCAGCAGGCGGGAGGCCCAUUUGUGGAGCAGCCUGGCUGGAGGAAUUUGGGAAUAGAGGGCCCCAGCCCGCCACGGGGUUCCCCUUUCCACAACCACACAGAUCCGGGCAGCCAGACAGACCACGAUGAAGGAGAAACCGAGGACGGAGUGGAUGGGCCUGGGGUGGCCCUCGAGAGGCCCCUGCAAGAGGUCCUGGAUUUACUGAGGUCCGCGGACCCCACCCAGCCCCAGCUGCGGGAGCUGGAGUUCCAGGUUCUCGGCUUCAGGGACCGGCUGAAGCCCCGCGGAGCCCGCCAGGAGCACGCCUCUGCCGAGAGCCUGAUGGAGUGCAUCCUGGAGAGCUUCGCCUUCCUCAACGCUGACCUCGCCCCACAGGAGCUGUCCCUGUUUGGGGGCUGCCAGGGUCUCCGAAAGGACAGGACCCCGCCCCCACCGCCAUCUCGGAAGGUGUCAUCCAGGGAGCUCACAGCCGGCACCCCGGAGCUGGACAGGUUGCUCAUGGCCCACCUCCAAGUCUGCAAAGCUCUGCUGCAGAAACUGGCCUCUCCUAAUUUGUCGAGGAUGGUCCAGGAAUGCCUUCUAGAAGAAGCUGCCCAGCAAAAGCAGGUUCUGGAGAUGCUUUCUGUGCUGGAUUUUGAGAAGGCCAGCAAAGCAACAUCCAUUGAAGAAAUCGUUGCGCAGGCCGCUCGGAGGAAGGGGUGCCUGAGGCUGUGGAGAGGGUGCACGGAGCCCGGCAGGGUGCUGUCCUGCCCCGCCACGACGCUGCUGAACCAGCUCAAGAAAACGUUCCUGCACAGAGUCCGCGGGAAGUACCCGGGACAGCUGGAAAUAGCGUGCAGAAGGCUCCUGGAGCAGGUGCUCAGCUGCGGCGGGCUGCUCCCCGCAGCCGGGCCUCCCGAGGAACAGACGGUCACCUGGUUCCAGUUCCACGGCUACCUGCAGAGGCACAGUGUCUCUGACCUGGAGAAGCACUUCGCCCAGCUCACCAAGGAAGUAACACUCGUCGAGGAGCUGCAGUGUGCGGGGCAGGGCAAGGCGGUCAGGAAACUGCAGGGGAAGCGGCUGGGCCAGCUCCAGCCCCUGCCCCAGACAUUGAGGGCCUGGGCGCUGCUCCAACUGGACGGGACCCCACGAGUGUGCAGGGCAGCCAGCGCUCGCCUGGCCAGUGCAGCCAGGAACAAGAGCUUUCGGGAAAAGGCUUUGCUCUUCUACACUAACGCCCUGACCGAGAACGAUGCAAAACUCCAGCAGGCCGCGUGUGUGGCACUCAAACACCUCAGGGGCAUCGAAAGCAUCGAUCAGAUCGCCAGCCUGUGCCAGUCCAACCUGGAGGCCGUACGAACAGCAGCCCGGGAAGCGACACUGUCAUUUGGUGAGAAAGGACGCUUAGCUUUUGAGAAGAUGGACAAACUCUGCUUGGAACAAAGAGAAGAGGCCUUUUGCCAGGAGGCGGAUGUUGAAAUCACGAUAUUUUAGGCCUCAGAGGACGGGCGCAGAUCUGGCUUCUCUGUUUUCACUGCUUACCAGCCUUGACACAGGGAUGAGCUUGGGGUGGGGCUACGCCGUGUGCCGCCCCUGGAAGCGUGAGCUGGCCGGAGCUGCUCCUCCAUCUCCAGACCAGUUACAAAGCCCAGGGGGCACAAAUGAGGGUUUUCAUACAGAAGCAGAAGGGGAUGCUGUAGGGUUUUAAUCACAUGGUCGGUUUUGUUCUGAGAACUGGCCUCACCUUCCUCAGCCAGCCGCACUACGAAGGGGCCAAGGUCAGACAGGCUGAGGCCUGGAGCAAAAGGCUCCUAGAGGGACAGACGGCACUUGGGGUCUCCCUGCGGGGCAGCCCGCUCAGCGCUUCUGUUUCAAUGACGACUGGGAGUGAACUGGCCAGCGGGCUGACGGUCUUGAGGACGCGGUGGGUCAGGUCAGCAGCAGCCAGCUGUCACCCCGGCAAGCUGGGGACGGUGGGAAGACACAGAGCCAGGGAUUCACGAUUCACCUUCUUAACCCGGGCUGCAGCCCAGUGGCCACGGUGGAGCCUGCUGACCACGGGUCUCAUUCUCAUCGUGCUCAGCAGCACAUUGAGAAUGGCCAAGAAACCUUGAGUGUCACAUCAGGAAAAGCAUUCACUUUGACCUCAACUCAUCAAAAUGGAAUGAAACCUUUGAAGCAAGUCAACGUCAGGCCUAGUAAAUUGCUUUGCAAGCCAUAAAGCUGGUUUCAAAAAAAGAUUUCCUGAAGAACAUGUUCAAAGAAAGAAAAUGAGUUUCCUACUUAAGUCUUUUAAAAACUCUCAAACAUGCCCCGAACUGUACUUGUGAUGAGCUGUGGAGACAGCCUGGGGUAGGAAGGUGAUUCCUGACAAUGGCGCUGGGGACUCUGUGACUGGAACCUUCUCCUGUAAACGUUCUGUAUAUACAUUCUGUGCUUUUCAGUUGAACUUGGUAUAUUUAUUUGCCUUGUCCCUGAAUUCCAUUUUUUGAAAUUUUGAUUAAAAUGAUUUUUAUUGGUGUUUCCCUUUA